AUGUUGACCCGCGGCCAGCGCCUGCCGCGACGGCUGCUGGAGCUGACUCUGCGUGCGUCCUCCACCAGCAGCACUCUCGCCGUCUCCUCCACCUUCAGCCGCUCACUGCAGCCCCGCCGCUUCUCGCAGGUCACAGCCAGCUGCCCGCCAGUGCCGCAAGACGAGCAUGAAGAGCUCAAGAGCUUUUUAGCGGAGCCUGCGACGGCGGGCGCGGCCAUGGAGCGCGCCAAGGAGAUCGUGACGGGCUGGAUGCAGCGGCACGUGGACCCGGCCAUGCCCGGCCAGGACGCCACCGUCAUGGUGAUGGUGGCCGACGCCAUGGAGGACCCGCAGUUCGUGAUGCAGGUGUACACGUGUCUGCGCGACGCCGGCGUGUCGCCCUCGCCCCUGACACUCGAGUACUCGGCCGCAGCCUGUGCUCAGCUCGGCCUAUGGCGCACGGCGCUGGAGAUCAUCGAGUUCAUGCACCAAGCAGUGGAGAUCAUGCAGCCGUCGCUGGACAUCUACGAGAACGCGAUCGCGGCGUGUCAUAAGGACAAGAAGUGGAUGAGGACCAAACAUCUUCUGGAAGAGAUGCGCACCCACGGCCUCGAGGCGUCACCGGAACUGCAUGUGGCGUCAAUCCGACUGUGUAUUGACAGCAAUGAAACGACAGCUACGCGCGUGCUCCUGGAUGCGUUUCUGCGGGCGUACGAUGAAGAGCUGGCGGAGGAGGAGAAGCAGGAAGUCGUCACCGAGCUUUUCCACGCAGCGUUGGACGCGCAGUCGUUGCCGCAGGCGCUCUUCUUCCGCGACGAGCUGCUGGCGAGACACUUUACCGUUUCGAAGGAGCUGUACACGCGGCUGGUUCAUUUGUGCGCCGUAAAGCGUCAGUGGCACAAGGCUCGUGUACUGUUGCGGCAGUUUGUGGAUAUCAACGCUCCACCACCGAAGGCACUGCCAUCGAACAAGCAUCUGGACCACAUCCACCGUUUGCUGAAGGAGAUGCACGCCCAUGAUAUCGAGAUCCCGUUGGCGGUGUACAAUUCUGGACUGCGGCACUUUGGACAAGUCUCGCUGCUAGAUGACGCUAAGCUCCUUUAUGCAGACAUGCAGAACAGCGGAGUGAAGCCUGAUGCUACGUCGUUUGCAGCGCUGAUGUGCUCUUCCGGCUCCAAUGUUCAACAGUCAGAAGACUACUUUCGUCAACUGCAGCGUAACAACUGUGAGCCUACACUGGACGUCGUGCAUGGAUAUCUGCUGGCACCCAGUCGUGCAAACAAGUGGGAAGAGGUGCUAAAACGAUAUGCCACUGUCCACGAGGAAGAUCCUUUAUUUAAAGAUCUUCCGAUGGAGUCGGACGUGCGAAUUCAAUCUCUCGUGGCGGUUGCUUAUGGGCGCGUGCAUCGCUCAGAAGAAAUGCUGCGUGUGUUCACAGCGAUGAAGGUGAAGGGCAUGGAGCCGAAUCUGCACGUGUAUGGUGAAGCGCUGUUCGCAUACAUCCGUCAGGGGCAGUGGCGGCAUGCGCUGAUGCUGUUCGAUCAUCUUUUCCAACAGCAGACGCCCGAGAUGCAGGAGAAGCGAGUUCUAGAGAAUUUCCCCACGCUGUGGGAUGCUGCUGUACUGGCGUGCGUGGAAGGCGAGGAAACACAGCGAGCGGCGAUUCUGUAUGACACUAUCAUCGAGCAGCGUGUUCCAAUCUCUAUGGUGACUGGUGAGCGUCUCGCUGCGUUGCUGACCAGCGUCCCCGCAGAAACGUUGUGGCAUUCUUUCAAAUCGAUAUCGUCAUUGCAUCGAACCAAGACAAGGAGUCGAUUGAACCCGCGAGUACAAAACGCGGUGCUAAAACGCGCCGUGGAUGAAAACGACAGCAAUCUAGCUGAGCAAAUUGUGGUCGAUGGGGUGGAUGAUAUGAAAAUGCUGCCCAAUUCCAUGACGUACGCGCUGAUGCUUCGUCUGUACGCAAACCGAGAGGACCAAGAGAAGUUUCACACCUGGUGGCGUAGGAUGGAAGAUGCCAACGUGAAGACGACUCUCUUCGUGUUCCGGGCACUGAUGCAGCAUCUAAGCAACCUUAGCGUGGAAUGUGAGGACGAAUACGCUGCGAAACUUGGACGAACUGCGUUAGACAUCAUGGAAGGUCGAGGAAUGGCGCCUGACACAAUCUGCCUGCAGUACUAUCUGCUGCUCAGUCAAGAACCGGACCACGUGGCUCGCGCUCUCGCGUUUGUAGAAGAUUCACUGUCUUCAGCCAACGGAGAUGACCAAGACAAUCUCCACGAUGUCGUACAACUCACGCCUCGGUUAUUGCACACGCUGUUUACAGCGUUGGGCAACUUCCCGGAUGACCAGCGUGUGCGCAGACUUCUCAUCGACAUUGUGAAAUACUUGCCUAGCGAUCUUUCAGAAGACGCUCUUGCGGCUUACUGUGCAGCGAAUGAUGGUUACCACACGCUGCAGCUUUUGCGCGAACUGCUUGAUCAAAAGUGCCCUCUUAAGGAUGAGCACGUGCUGUUCUUCCUUACCAACAGCUACACGUGCGAGGCGUCGGCGUUGGAAACCGAGGAGUCUCGUCCGAGGAGCGGAAAUGGUGUGAUAGUGGACAUGGCUGCGCUGUUGUGUGAAGGCGAGACCGUCACGAUGGAGGCAGGUUGCCUGGCCUUCCUUAUCAAGCACGUCGUGGACCUGUCCAAAUGGCAGCAGCGAGAUACGUUCGAGGUAUCUACGCAAGAGGAGAUCGAGGCUAUGAAAAGGCUACUGGUGCGUGCGUUCUCGCAUUUCUCCAUCGCCCAGGUCACAGAGUUUCUCUCCAAGGUGAUCGAUAGAGACGAUCUCGUUCAUAUCAUGAGUGUCCUAGACGAGCUCCAGGAGGCUAGAGAUAAUCAUUAG